ACCUGCAUGUUCGGCACACUCCCACAAAUCUUCCAGUUCCACUGGUCUCUCUCCUCUAUCCCUCCAUACAAUCUUGCGUGCUUCCUUCAAAUGUUCUUCAUAGUUGGCCAAAGCAACAAGGUUCUCAAAAGAGGCCAUAGCGCGUUUGGGGGUAAAUUGAAUGAAUGAUGGCGCCCGAGACUCGUCGGCAGAAUUAUCUGAGGUUCGGGAGUCCAUGAUUGCACUACGGAGAGUUGCGAAAAAAGUGAAGAAUGAAGCUUUGAAGUUCCUCGCUGUUCAUGCGUAUUGUUUGGUGCCGGUGCCGGAAAGCCUCAACCUACCAGCGCUAAUGUGGGGAACCAACCGUUUAAUGACCAACACCUUUGCUGUCAGUCCCAUUGGUGCCCGAAUCGCAACUCGUUUGCGUAGACCUAGGCAAACUUGUCCAGUUGUCACCAUCGGGUUCCUUGAAUAUAGCUUCUCCAGAUGAGCUGCCAGUUGGACUGAACUGUGCCGAAUCAUGUCUCGCGUCGCGAACGUGUUUGACGUUGUCUUUCGACGCGUGCUCCGUAGCAUCAAGGAGCUAGGAGAAAGUGUCGGCAUCAAGCAGCAGGUCAAACCGUAUCGUACGUUUCCCCCUGAAGUACUUCUCGAAAUAUUUCAGUACUUGCAGCCCUCCGAGUUUCUCCCUGCCCACGAAGACUUGUAUGUCCUUAUCGACGUGGACCCGGUUCGACAAGUUCUCCCAAGACACCUCUACAACGCAUGUUUUGUUUGUCGAGCAUGGUAUCCACCUGCAACGGCAUUGCUGUAUACACGCGUGUUUCUCCCUUCCGCUCGGCGUCUUCGUCUAUUUCAUUUGACCCUGCAACAUCGUCCCGAUCUCAUCCCUUUCGUCCGGCAGCUUUCCAUCCGCGAUAACGACCAGGCUGACACAGCUCACUUUAAAAUAGUCAAAUCCCGUCGAUUGAAGCAUGCAGCCAAAAUGAAGGCGAACGUCUUCGCCGUAAUUACGGCAUGUACUAACCUCUCAUCUCUUUCCUUAUACCUUUCGUAUAAGCCGGGGGAGAACAGCAUUGCAACCAUCUUUCAACAGAGCGACCCUUUUCCUUCCCUCAUUCACCUGCGCAAUCUCAACCUGGUUGGUGGCUGCCGUUACACCAUUCCUGUCGUUUUUCCCGGCAUCAAACGUCUCUUGCUUCAUCGAACGAAACUGGAUGUCCCGUCUUUCGACCCAAAUCACCUUCGCAGAUUGGAGAGUGUCAUAAUGCUUCGCGUUCAUCCAAGCGAACGAGACUCUCCCGUCAUAGAGUGCAUCGAACGAUUGCCUUUACUUCGCUCAUUGGAGCUGAUCGAAACUGCGUUUCGGCCUUCGACUACUCGAUCACCGCCUCUGCAUAACCUGGAGAAACUCACCAUGAUCAGUCAACCAACCUCACCUUGGGUAGGCAUACCCUCUCGUAGCGGCGAGCUAGAGACAUUCCGACGAUGGAUCGAUAAUGGGGCGAUACCCAACGUGAAGGAAAUAACCAUAGGUGUAUUUGAUGGACGGGAUGCCCUCGCACCAUGGUUUAUAUUCCCUUCUAAUCUCGUGUCGCUCACUAUAGUGGUCCAAAUAUACUAUUUUGGAGGCAGACUAAUCGAAAGUGCAUCUUCCGCCGCACAGGAGAGUAUUAUGGAAUGUCUCGAGCAGAACAAGAGCCGUCUAAAAUCUGGACGUUUCAAGCGUCUGGAGCUACUGGUAACGGUCGCUUUUGGAGAAACUCGAACGGGCGAUACCCUGCCGUCUAGCAAAAUUCGAGAGUUCUGUCGUGAUUACGGGGUAUCUUUCAAGCUGAGUCACAUUGAUUCUGCAAGUUCAUGGGCCGAAAAGCGCAUCAUGCAGUCCAAGCCUCGACUGCAGGAACUCCUGCACUGAUUCUUCAAACCUCUACAGUCAACGGUUUCGCUUUGUAGGACUGGGAUUGAGAUUCUUUUACGCCUCACCUUCCUUACGGUUUCAUAUCCUGUCGCUCUUUUCAAGGCUCCGCUACUUAGUCCUACUGUUUACCUGGUUAAUAUAUUGAGACAUUUCAGCUUGCUGCUUCUCUUUCCCGUCCUUACUCGUCUCCCAUUGUUGUUGGACCUAUGUCUAUUUAGACUUGGGUUCGUGAUAGUUUCACCUGACGUCCAGUAAUUAUCUUGCUUACGGUGCAGAAGAGCUGAGUGAAUGAUCUACACUCGAUAUAUAGCUUUGUAUAUGCUAUUCUGUGUAGAUGGCUAGUCGCAGUAUGCAAUCACCAGUACACCGUGUUUCCAGCAGCCUCCUGCCUCUUCUUCUCUGCAGAGAAGAACUCGACAAUGUACUGAGAGUCGAUAAACUCUUUCUCUUGUUUAAGCCUGUAUCGUCCAUCAGACUGGCGAGUCAAGUGUAGAAACAACGAGUAUUCGUUCCGAUAUGGAUGCCCCGUCGAGGUCGU